AUUUGGCAGGCAGCAGAAAAGGGGGAAGCUAUUUGAUUCCUAGAUUCCUAGAUUCCUACAGCAGCAGUGAAGUGGUGUGGAUUCAUUCACCGUAUACAGAACGGGUGUGAGUGUGUGAGAAGGUAAACCAUACAGACCGGUGGAAAGCUGUGCUGGGGAAAUAAACAGUGAAUUUAAACACUUCAGCGAUUUGUGGGGCAACAUGACUACUGCAACAUCACCUAUCCUGAUGAAAUGGGACCCAAAGAAUUUAGAGAUAAGAACCCUUACUGUAGAACGGCUUCUGGAGCCAUUGGUCACACAGGUUACUACCCUGGUGAACACUAGUAACAAGGGCCCGUCCAGCAAAAAGAAGGGACGCUCCAAGAAGGCCCAUGUUCUGGCUGCUUCUGUGGAGCAGGCCACUCAGAACUUCUUGGAAAAAGGACAGCAGAUUGCCAAAGAGAGCCAGGACCUGAAAGAGGAGCUUAUCAAUGCUGUGGAGGAUGUUCGCAAACAAGGCGAAUCAAUGCAGGUGGCCUCUUCUGAGUUUGCUGAUGACCCCUGCUCCUCUGUGAAGCGUGGUACAAUGGUGCGAACUGCCCGGGCCCUGCUUUCUGCUGUCACUCGUCUGCUUAUUCUGGCAGACAUGGCUGACGUCAUGAGACUACUUUCUCACCUUAAAAUUGUGGAAGAAGCCCUUGAGGCUGUUAAAAAUGCCACCAACGAGCAGGACUUGGCCAACCGCUUCAAGGAGUUUGGAAAGGAAAUGGUGAAACUGAACUACGUAGCUGCCAGAAGACAACAGGAAUUGAAGGAUCCUCAAUGCAGGGACGAGAUGGCAGCAGCACGAGGGGCCCUGAAAAAGAAUGCCACCAUGCUGUACACAGCAUCUCAGGCUUUCCUUCGCCACCCUGAUGUUGCCGCCACCAGGGCCAACCGGGACUAUGUAUUUAAGCAGGUGCAGGAGGCCAUCGCUGGCAUCUGCAGCGCUGCCCAGGCCUCCUCCCCCACGGAGGAGAAGCACGGACAUGCAGGCAUCGGUGAACUGGCAGCUGCUCUGAACGACUUUGAUAACAAGAUCAUUUUAGAUCCCCUGACCUUCAGUGAAGCCCGAUUCAGGCCGUCCCUGGAGGAGCGCUUGGAGAGCAUCAUCAGUGGGGCAGCGCUGAUGGCAGACUCCUCGUGCACGCGUGACGACCGGCGGGAACGCAUUGUGGCCGAGUGUAAUGCUGUGAGACAGGCCCUGCAGGAUUUGCUAAGCGAGUACAUGACUAAUACUGGCCGAAAGGAAAAAGGAGACCUACUUAACAUCGCCAUUGAUAAGAUGACCAAAAAAACAAGAGACCUACGAAGACAGCUGCGAAAGGCAGUGAUGGACCACAUCUCCGAUUCCUUCUUGGAGACAAAUGUUCCCCUGCUGGUGCUGAUUGAGGCUGCCAAAAGUGGCAAUGAAAAGGAGGUCAAAGAGUAUGCCCAAGUAUUCCGUGAGCAUGCCAACAAGCUGGUGGAGGUUGCAAACCUUGCCUGCUCAAUAUCCAAUAAUGAAGAAGGCGUGAAGCUGGUCCGUAUGGCAGCCACCCAGAUUGAUAGCCUGUGUCCUCAGGUAAUUAAUGCUGCCCUCACCCUGGCUGCUAGGCCUCAGAGUAAGGUUGCCCAGGACAAUAUGGACGUCUUUAAAGAUCAGUGGGAGAAGCAAGUCCGAGUUCUGACUGAGGCUGUGGAUGACAUCACAUCUGUAGAUGACUUCUUAUCAGUAUCAGAAAAUCACAUCCUUGAAGACGUGAACAAGUGUGUCAUUGCUCUCCAGGAGGGGGAUGUUGAUACUCUGGAUCGAACUGCUGGUGCAAUCCGCGGUCGUGCUGCCAGAGUUGUUCACAUCAUCAAUGCUGAGAUGGAAAACUAUGAGCCCGGAGUUUACACUGAGAGAGUUUUGGAGGCCAUUAAACUACUUUCUGAAACUGUUAUGCCACGUUUUGCUGAACAAGUGGAGGUUGCAAUAGAAGCAUUGAGCACAAAUCCCCCGCAGCCGUUUGAAGAGAAUGAAUUCAUUGAUGCUUCUCGCUUGGUUUACGAUGGAGUUCGAGACAUCAGGAAAGCUGUUUUGAUGAUAAGGACCCCUGAAGAGUUGGAGGAUGAUUCUGACUUUGAACAGGAAGACUAUGAUGCACGCAGCAGAACAAGUGUUCAGACUGAGGAUGAUCAGCUUAUUGCUGGACAGAGUGCCAGAGCUAUUAUGGCUCAACUGCCUCAAGAAGAGAAAGCUAAAAUUGCAGAGCAGGUGGAGAGCUUCCGCCAGGAGAAGUGCAAGCUGGAUGCUGAAGUGGCCAAGUGGGAUGACAAUGGCAAUGACAUCAUUGUCCUGGCUAAACAGAUGUGUAUGAUCAUGAUGGAAAUGACAGACUUUACCAGCAGAGGCAAGGGUCCGUUGAAGAACUCAUCUGAUGUAAUUAAUGCAGCCAAGAAGAUUGCAGAAGCUGGCUCCAGGAUGGACAAACUCGCUCGCGCUGUUGCUGAUCAGUGCCCUGAUUCUGCCUGCAAACAGGACCUGCUGGCUUAUCUGCAGCGCAUUGCUCUCUACUGCCAUCAGCUGAACAUCUGCAGCAAAGUCAAGGCUGAGGUCCAAAACCUGGGAGGGGAACUGAUUGUAUCUGGGCUGGACAGUGCAACAUCCCUAAUCCAGGCAGCUAAGAACCUGAUGAAUGCUGUUGUCCUGACCGUUAAGGCUUCCUACGUGGCAUCAACAAAAUACCAAAAGGUAUACGGAACAGCUGCCGUGAACUCGCCCGUCGUCUCCUGGAGGAUGAAAGCCCCUGAAAAGAAACCUUUAGUUAAGCGAGAGAAGCCAGAGGAAUGCCAAACCAGGGUCAGGAGGGGAUCCCAGAAAAAGCACAUCUCCCCUGUACAGGCACUCAGCGAGUUUAAGGCCAUGGAUUCAUAUUGAUUGUUUAAAGAUGCAACAGGCAAAGGCUUGAAACCUAUUCCUUUCAAAGGCAUACCUGCCAACUCAGAUACAUCUGGCAUGAAACAAAAGAUGCACUACUUUAUGAUACACGCAUGUAUUUUGUGUAUUGAGAAGAUAAUGCUUUAACCCUGGAUUAUUUGGCAAGCUUUGGACAGUAAUUCCCUGAGUAUAAUUUAUUAUGUUAAACGUGAUAGGUUGCUGUUAGGACCAAAUCAGGAAAAGUUUAUAUAUAUAU